AAGCUUAUUUCUGUUUAUAGAAAACCGUGGAUUUCUACCCUCCUACUUUAAGAUAGACACAAAUUUGUUACGACAACAUGAGGUUACAUUCUAUGAUCUCUAAUGCGAGACAAUUACUGAAAUUUCAAUCCCUUCAUAACAACAAUCAGCAAGCAGCUCCAAAAGGGCAUUUAGCUGUGUAUGUUGGAGAGCACGAAAAAAAGAGAUAUGUGGUGCCACUUUCUUACCUGAGCCAGCCUGCAUUUCAAGAACUGCUUAAAAGAGCUGAAGAGGAGUUCGGUUUCAAUCAUCCAAUGGGUGGUCUAACCAUUCCUUGCAAAGAAGAAGUAUUCCUCAAGCUUACCUGUCAAUUCAGCUCCUGAAUAGUGAUGAUAUAAAUGAACGGGAAAAAAGAUUAAGGACAUUCCGUAAAACAAUUUUGACUAUAGCUUUUAUCUUCUUUUUCUUUGGGUGGGGUGGGCCUGGGUGGUGGUGGGGAGGUAGCUUCAAUUCCAUACAGGUCCAUCGUAC